GGUGCCCAGCUUAUUGGGCGGAAGAGGGGUAGGAGCGAAGCCACGACUGGUGUGGCUUCCGCCCCUACAUCUGUUGUGAUUCCCGCGGUUGGGAAAACGAGCAAGCUGCGCUCGUUAUACAAAUUUUCUCCUGGUAUGUUUUUCGCUUCUCUUCUUAAUACUUUUCUCUUUACUUAAAUGCACUUGCUUUAUUUUUUCAGAAAUCAAGAAGAAGACCCCUGAGAAGGGUGUCACGUUCAGUGAGGCUGCGGCGAAGAGGCCCAAGAUUACCGUCAAGUCCACUGACACUGCUGCUCAGGAUGCCGCGAAGGCUGCUGAGGCGCAGCGAAAGGUGGAGGAGGGUCAGAAGAGAGAGGAAGAGAAGAAGAGGGUUGCCGAGAAGAAGAGGAAGGAUGAAGAAGAGAGGAAGAGGAAGGAGGAGGAGGAAAAAAAGAAAGAGGAGGAGAGGAAAAGGAAGGCGGAGGAGGAGAGGGUGGCCGAAGCGGCGAAAAAAAGGGCCCUGGAGGAGUUAGAAAAGAAGAAGGCUAUGGAGCGGCCUGUUAACGUUCAAGGGCCUGAGGUUACAAACCCUACCCACUCCGCUCCUGUCAUUACUUCUAAGGGUGCGGGUCGACAUGCUUCAAGCAGCGCGAGCUCUGGUGGUGCAGGGGGUUUUAACCCGAACGUGAUCGGGGCGAAGGAUACCGUCGGCGAUAUCUAUUACAAAACUUAUAAUGAAGAAGAGCGCGGCGAUGCUCCUCACCAAGCCCCUUGGAGCUUAAAGCAGAAAGAUACGUUUCAUGAAUUUGCCCCUUGCCGCGAGUGGUUCUUGAAUUCGUUUACCCCUGCAGAAGUUAACCGGCAAAGGGCGAAACCCCAUGAAAUGCUAUAUCGCACCUUUAUACUUGGAGAGGCCAACGCUCGUGCUGCCAACCACCAGAUAGUCCGUGAAUGGCGAACGAUGGUUAGAGAGCGCGCCGAUUGGGAGGCUUAUCGUGAGCGCUCGUUAAAACGUAUUGCUGAGUUUGAAAAGUUCAAGGCUGCUCUUGGUGAGGAGAGAGCCAAAUUUGAAGCUGAUAAGAAAGCCGAAGCAUGGGGCCGCGAGGGCCUGCAAAAGAAACUUCAUAAUGUUGAAGAGCAACUGGCCAAAGAGAAGGCCGAGUUUAAACGUAUUUGUGCCCAAGACAACGAGCGCGCCUAUGCGGCUCGACAGAAGAUAGUUGAUCUUGAGGCUAAAGUUGCUGACUUGACCUCGAAGGUAGAGGAGGCGCAGGGAGAGAAGGCUGCUAAGCAACAGGUGGAGGUUGAGUUGUCUGAGGUCAAGGUGCAGCUGUCUAACAAGUACAGAGAUCUCCAUGCCAAGGACGUUGAGAUUGCGGAGCUCAAACGUCGCUUGAACGAGCAAAUCGACAGAUGUGAGUCGUUGGAAAUCGACCUGGAGGCCGAGAGGGUUAAGGCUGCUACGGCUGAGGAGGCGCGUGCUGUUAGCACUGCUGCGCUGAAUGUGGCCCAAACCAACUACUCCGAGGCUCAAGGCAUCGUCGAUACGCUUGUCUCAGAAGCUGAAUGGAUGCGCACUCGUGGAGUAGUGCUGGUUGCCAACUCCAUCUUGAAUGCUGGUGAGCUAGACCGCGCCGUUGCUGGUCUUACCGAUGCGGCGCGUGCGGUGGGUCACCGAGGUGGUUACUUAGAAUGUGCCAGUCACGUUGAGCAGAUACUAGGGCAAGAAUUCGAUGUAAGCCAUUGCUCGGUGACUGAUCGUGCUGAUGCUGCGCUUGCACAAGCUGAAAACUCGUAUGACAACCUUUCCUUGCCUAUCAUGGAUCUGGUUGUGGAAUCCUUGAAGAAAGACGACUGGUGCCAGCGCCUUAAAGCGGUCCUCGAUCCACCAGUUACUGUCGAGUUAUCCGAUGAAGAGCCAGCUGGUGAUGAUGGUGGCGAUGGCGAUGAUGAUGGCAAUGAUGAUGAUGGCGAUGAUGAUGGCGAUGAUGACGGCGAUGAUGAUGGUGACCGUCAUGUUGAAUAGGGUAGGCUGUUGAUAGGCUUUUAUGCCCUUGUAAUUUUC